UUUAGACAAGUCUUCUAUCCAAGACAGUUCCUAAUUGAAUGUAUCGGUUCAUAUCUUGCUUGGUUGUGCAUAAAAAUGUCGAUAUUGGACCAAGUUGAUAGUUAUACAUGAGGCCAGGAUUCAGAAGAUGAAAGGCAAGACCAAGGUGAUUGACCCUCGGACGGGCCCUCCUCCAAUCGACCCUGAUAAGAGCUAUGUGAACCCUGGCGAGGAUGAUCAGAUGGAGAUUGAGGGUUACAAGCUACACAAGAGCCGCCAGAUCUUGACAUGGAUUGCUAUCGUGUUGACGCUGGGCUUCCUCCGUCUGAUCUUUCAUUGGAAGCCUGAGUGGAUGAUCGCAUCAACACAUAUCAGCUGUGGCUUGGAGGAUGCUGAUACUGUCAUCUUGAAGGAUAUCUAUAAACAAGUGUUUGUGGCAAAAGUGAAGGUCAUUACCCCCGAUGGUGACAGUGUUGGGGUUGAAGCGAAAUCUCAAGUUGAUGAGGCCAUUUCCUUGAUCCACUACUUUUCUCUCAAACGCCUCAAGUUCAUCUGGACCCUGGAGAGUCAAUCAUUCAGAAAGCUCAAGGGCCUUGAGGACGGCCAGAGGUGUAGCUAUUUCCAUCAAAUCGGGGAGUCUGGACGAACAGACCUUGAAAUAGCCAGGAAAUCUGUGUUGUACGGUUCCAAUUCUAUGCCAGUCCAUGUCACGCCUGUCAUCAAACUGUUGUUCCAAGAAAUCAUCAACCCAUUCUACAUCUUCCAAAUCUUCAGCUGUACCUUGUGGUAUGUUGACGAAUACACCAUCUAUGCCUCGUGCAUCGUGGUCGAAUCACUGCUGUCGCUCAGUGUCGCCGUCUUUCAGACAAGAAGGAUGCUUCGAGCGUUACGGAACACCAUCGACCAAUCCAGCAUCGUCACUGUCCUACGAGAAUCGGGUGUCAUCCAAGUCCCAUCUGAUAUUUUGGUGCCGGGUGAUGUGAUUGAGAUACCACGUGAUGGCUGCAUCAUGCAGUGUGAUGCUGUCCUACUCAGUGGCAACUGUAUUGUCAAUGAGAGCAUGCUGACAGGUGAGAGUGUGCCCGUGACCAAGACACCACUACCAAACUCCGGCCACUCAGGGGACCAGGUGUCGCCACCGUUCAACAUGAAGGAACAUUCCAAACACGUCCUCUUCUGCGGUACGAAGGUUAUCCAGACACGUUACUAUGGAAACCAGAUGGUGAAGGCUGUCGUGCUUCGAACUGGUUUCAUGACAGCGAAAGGUGAACUGGUGCGCGCCAUUUUAUUCCCGAAGCCUCUUGACUUCCGUUUCUACCAGGACACCAUGAAGUUUGUCGCAUUCUUGGCAUGCCUUGCUGGAGCUGGGUUCAUCUUCACAAUCGUUUUAAUGUCUGUGCGAGGCCUGGCUGCUGGACAUAUCAUUAUACGAUCACUUGAUGUCAUUACGAUCGCUGUCAACCCGGCCCUACCAGCCGCCAUGACGAUUGGCGUGGUGUUUGCCAUGAAUCGUCUCAAACGUUCCAAGGUGUACUGCAUCAGUCCGAGUCAUAUCAACAUCUGCGGCACCGUGAAUGUGGCUUGCUUUGACAAGACAGGGACGCUAACCGAAGAUGGCCUGGAUAUGUGGGGAGUUGUACCAGUGGAAAAUAACAGGUUUGUUUCUCCCGAGCAAGACAUGACAAAGCUGCCACGUGAACACUUGCUCUACACCAUGGCCUGCUGCCACUCACUCACCAUCAUUGACGGUGAGAUAUGUGGUGAUCCCCUCGAUUUGAAAAUGGUGGAAGCGACCAACUGGGAGGUGGAGGAACCGGGUGAAGACACGGCCAAGUUUGAUGUCAUCAUGCCGACCGUUGUCAGACCAAAACAACCUGAUGUCGUGCCUAAUACGGACAGCAACAUGAUUCAAGGUCCAGACGGCAUGGAACAUGAGGCUCCUCUGUUUGAGAUCGGUGUUGUACAGCAGUUCACAUUUUCCUCCAACCUCCAGAGAAUGUCGGUCAUUACUCGUAUUCUCGGUGAUGAUCAUUACAAUCUUUAUAGCAAGGGGGCGCCGGAGACCAUUGCUUCACUUUGUUUAGAAGAAACAGUUCCCAAGGAUUUCCUUGAACAACUGAUGCACUACACUCAGCAGGGUUACCGCGUAAUUGCCCUCGCAUGGAAACCACUCAAACUAAGUUACCUCAAGGUGCAACGUGUCGAGCGCAAGGAGGUUGAGAAAGACUUGAACUUCCUGGGAUUGUUGAUCAUGGAGAAUCGACUCAAGCCAGAGACGACACCUAUUAUCAGAAUGCUGAAGGAGGCUAAUAUACGCACUGUGAUGGUGACAGGUGAUAAUAUUCUAACUGCUGUCAGUGUGGCAGUCGACUGUGACAUGGUCGGUGAUCAAGAGCGUGUCAUCCUUGUCAAUGUGCUGCCCCCUAGUGAUGAUAAACCAGCGAGGGUUGAAUUUGUCUACGCUGAUGAGAACAAGCGGGUGACCAUAGAUGAUAUGAAUUCACAACCUACCAAGGACACUGUUGUUCUGUGUGAGUUGCCUCCGCCAGAGCUAAAAUACCACUUUGCCAUCGACGGCAAAUCAUGGGCCUCUUUGAGACAGCACUUCCCGCACCUCAUUCCUAAGCUUGUGGUACGGGGUACUGUGUUUGCACGGAUGUCUCCAGAACAGAAGGCACAACUGAUCGAGGCGCUCCAAGAGGUUGGGUAUUAUGUUGGCAUGUGUGGAGAUGGUGCGAAUGAUUGUGGCGCGUUACGUACCGCCCACACGGGGAUAUCCCUGUCUGAAGCUGAGGCAUCGUUGGCCUCACCGUUCACGAGCAAAGAGGCGAAUAUCAAGUGUAUACCUACUGUCAUCAGGGAGGGCAGAGGAGCGCUAGUGACCUCUUUUGGUGUGUUUAAGUACCUCGGCUGUGCCAGUUUUGUCCAGUUCAUCACUGUCAUGCUCCUUUAUUGGAUCGAUGCCAACAUGACUGAUUUCGAAUUCUUGUUUUGUGAUUUACUUCUCGUGUCUUCUCUCAGCAUCACAUUUGGUUACACGGAGGCUUACCCGAUGCUUGUGAAGGAACCACCGACCGUCAAAUUGGCGAGCAUCGGGCCAAUCAUAUCGAUUCUCUUCCAUACGGUGAUCGUGAUGAUUGUACAGGUGCAGGCAUUCUUCCUCGUACGGGAACAACCUUGGUUUGAGAGGUAUUUCUCUGAUAAUGAGGAUGAUAGCUACAUGAGUCAUGAGAACGCUGCGGUCUUCAUCGCCUCCACCUUCCAGUAUAUGUUGCUGGCGGUCAUCUUCUCCAAUGGUGCUCCCUACAGAAAGCACUUCUUCACCAACUGGUUGUUCAUGGUAAACCUGAUCAUUAUCCUUGGAUUAACCCUCUUCAUUGCUAUCUAUCCGACAGAUGGCUUAGCACAGUUUCUCGAGCUUAAACCAGUCCCAUCCAUGGUGUAUCGUAUCUUGACUGUCGGAAUUGUUCUCAUGAACUUCUUGGUCAGUCUUAUCGUACAGAUGUUUAUCUUGGAUAACGAGGCUGUGAAGCGUUCAUUACGCCGAGCUUGCAAGAAGAAACAGACCACCAACCCUUAUCAGUCCAUCGAACAUGAGCUAACGGCUGAUCCUGAUUGGCCACCUAUCAGCGAACCAACAACCAGCUUGAUGGGUUUCACUUCACAAGAGUUUGUACCAAAGGAUAACAUAACGAUGACAGAUUUAAAUGACAUUGAAUUUUUCCCACAGAACGAAAAGGCUCCUGAUUUGGAGAUUGUUGUUCGAAAGAGGUCUCUAGCACAGAGACGACAUGAUGGACUUGGGACUGAUGAUGGACCACAGGAUGGUGUUGCCCUUGGUGAAUGUGCUACCAAGUCGGACCGUCCUUCAGGGACUGGCCAGAUUGAUGACAAAACUGAUGGACCUAGCAAUGAUUAUACUGCCAGCACACAACUCUGAUAGUGCUUUGGGGGUUGUAUACAAUCCGAAAAUCAGGGACCGCAGACCUGUACAAAACGCAGACCUGUACAAAACCAAGACCCCCGAGCUACAAAACGCAGACCCAUCUACAAAACCAAGACCCCCGAGCUACAAAACGCAGACCCAUCUACAAAACGAAGACCACCAAAGCUACAAAACGCAGACCCAUCUACAAAACGAAGACCCCCGAGCUACAAAAACGCAGACCCAUCUACAAAACGAAGACCCCCGAGCUACAAAACGCAGACCCAUCUACAAAACGAAGACCCCGAGCUACAAAAACGCAGACCCAUCUACAAAACGAAGACCCCCGAGCUACAAAACGCAGACCCAUCUACAAAACGAAGACCCCCGAGCUACAAAAACGCAUACCCAUCUACAAAACGAAGACCCCGAGCUACAAAACGCAUACCCAUCUACAAAACGAAGACCCCCAAACCUUUAUAAUGUCUUGUUUACUGUUCCUUAUUCCUAGUGUGACAAUAUUUCUCUUUCAUGUAUGUAUUUCGCCAUUGUAGUUCGUUCAGCAUAUCAUUAAAAUUGUGUCGCUGUCAUCGUACUUGUAUAUAACAUUCACCUCAUACCUGAAUAGCCAUUGCGUUACAAUUCAAAUCUUAUAUGUCAUGGAGAAAAUAA